CGUAAUAAACGAAAAUAGUAGUACCACUCGUCUGCGCGUAGUAUUCGACGGAUCUAGUAAGACUGAUACAGGCAUUAGCUUAAACAAUGUACUAUUAAAAGGACCUACAAUACAAGACGAUUUAGUCAAUAUUUUGGCUAGGUUUCGUACACACAAAUGUGCGAUAUCCGCGGACAUAUCAAAAAUGUAUCGUCAAAUUUGGGUUGCACCGGAACAUCGCAAAUAUCAAAAAAUAUUUUGGCGUGAAAAUAAAGAACAACCUAUGCAAAUAUUUCAGUUAAAAACGGUCACUUAUGGCAUUGUCUCGGCAUCGUUCUUAGCUACCGCGUGCUUGUAUAAAUUAGCCGAAGAUGAGUAUAGUAAUUUUCCAGAAGCAUGUACUGCUAUAAAAAAUGAUUUUUAUAUGGACGAUUAUCUAUGUGGAGCAAAUACGAAAGAGAUGGCCGUAAAAUUGCGUAAUGACUUGCGAACAGUGCUACAAUCAGGUGGUUUUAACUUACGAAAAUGGGCUGCAAACGAUUCGGGAUUAUUGCAAAAUUUAAACCAAGAAAAUGAUGAUGCUAUGUCGGUAUUAGAAUUAGAGGACAAUAUGACGAAAAUUCUCGGGGUCCUGUGGCAUCCUAGUAAGGACAUAUUUAAAUAUAAAGUGCAGGACGCAAAUACAGAUAAAUCGACAACCAAAAGAAGCAUAUUGGCGCAAAUAGCCUCAUUAUUCGACCCACUAGGUUUAGUGGGGCCGAUAGUAAUAAAGGCAAAAAUUUUAAUGCAAGAAAUGUGGAGGUUAAAAAUUGAUUGGGAUAAAGCGGUACCGGCGAAAAUGCACGACGAGUGGACAAAAUAUUUACAUGAGUUAGCAAACUUGCGUGAAUUGAAUAUACAACGUUUUAUAUAUGUACGGAAGAUAAUUGUAAUAUAGAGGUUCAUGGUUUC